AUGGAUCCUCGGUGCCCAUGUGAUAAAGAAGAGUUGCUUGUGGGCAUUGGAAACCCACUUCUGGACAUUUCUGCUAUUGUCAAUGAAGAUUUGCUUAAAAAAUAUGACCUACACCCAGAUGAUGCUAUUAUGGCUGAAGAAAAACAUAUGCCUCUUUAUAGAGAGCUAGUUGAAAAAUACAAUGCAGAAUUCAUAGCUGGAGGAAGUGUGCAAAACUCCUUAAGAGUUGCUCAGUGGAUUUUGAAGAAACCCAACGUUUGUUGCUACUUUGGAUGUGUGGGAAAUGAUGAUUAUGCCAAAAUAUUAAGUGAAAGAGCUGUUGCAGAGGGUGUAAAAGUACACUACCAAGUGUCGCAGGAAGCCCCGACGGGCACGUGCGCGGUGCUGGUGACCGGCACGCACCGGUCGCUGUGCGCGAACUUGGCGGCCGCGCAGAAGUUCACGCCCGACCAUUUGGAAAAAGAGGAGUGCAAGAAAAGUAUUGAGAGCGCCAAGUUCUUUUAUGCUUCUGGUUUCUUCGUAGCUGUAUCGCCCGAGUCGAUCAUGUUGCUGGCGAAGCACGCGCUUGAGAACGGUCACACGUUCAUCAUGAAUCUCAGCGCGCCAUUUGUAUCUCAGUUCUACAAGGAGCCGCUCGAACAGUUGCUGCCGUAUGUCGACGUUUUGUUCGGAAACGAGGCGGAAGCAGACGCUUUCGCAAAAGCAUUCAACAUAACGGAUACAGACUUGCAUGCUGUUGCAUUAAAAAUCGCUUCGCUACCAAAACUGAAUUCUAAACAACGUGUAGUCGUUAUAACCCAGGGUAAGGACCCGGUCAUUUUGGUCGAAGGGACCAAAGUUACCCACGUACCUGUAGCAAAGCUAUCGAGGGAACAAAUUGUCGAUACAAAUGGCGCCGGUGACGCUUUCACAGGAGGAUUCCUCAGUCAAAUGGUUUUAGGGAAAAGUUGGGAGACAUGCGCAAAAUGCGGUAUCUACACAGCGACCCAUGUAAUACAACACUCUGGCUGUACAUUCAGUGGUGACAGUGAGUUUGAUGAGAGC